GUGCGCUUGACUCAAAGUUCAGCCUCAUUCCCAAGGGCAUGCACCUCUGCCCACGCUGCGUCAGCUACGAAAUUCCACGCAUCUGUGGUUUGCAAGAAUGCGACUGGUUCCACGGCUGUCUCUCAUCAGAGGAGGCUGAACGUCGCCUGAAACGUGACGACUCGGCCCUCGGUGAUUUUUUGAUUCGCCUGUCACACAACGAGGAGCAUGGUGGCAACCACUUUGUCCUCUCCUGCCGGUCGAGUCCCUCCAAGGUGACUCACGUGGUGCUCAUUGGCGAGGCGGGCUCCUGGGGCCUCAGUUUCGCCAAAACUUUCCAGACCAUCCAGGAGCUCAUCACAGAGACUAUGAAGGGCGAUGCCAUUGACCGUGCGGCCAUCGCCGACCGUGAAACCGUUCAUGGCAGUUGCCCCAGCUGCACCAUGGCCAUGGCCAACAAUGCAGACCUUUUCUGCUGCAACUGCGGCGCCCGUGUCCGCUCGACCGAGGCUGCGAUUGAUCAUUACGAUCGCGCCAAGGGCCAUGAGCUUGGCCUCGGCUCCUGUGAGCCAUCCAUGAGCCGCCCAUGUAGCAAGCGCAUUGAGUGGCUUCUUGCCAUGACGAAGGAGAAGAAGCAGAGGAGGAAGGAGAAGGAGAAGAAGAAGAAGAAGAAGAAGAGGAAGAAGCAACGUACCUGCAGCGGCAGUCAUGGUGGCGGGAAGGCGGUCCUGGUCGAGCUCACAACACUCGAGAAACGAGCAAGUAUCGGGAACCAAACGCCGUGGUCCACAAGAAACUGCGCACCCGAUGCAUGA